GGCGACAGGUUGGGGAAGACUUCGGGUCAGCAACCAGGUGGGCUUCGGGCGUGGCCUGUGUUGCCAAGGCAACCUGUGAUCGCCCCCGCUCGAGGCCGAUGGACUCGGCUCUCCUCUGACCCGGGGCCAGGGCGUUUCCCUCUUAGCUCCGCCCAGCUUUCAGCCACACCGCUCUGCCGGGUGUGAGGCGAAAGCGCCGGCUUCAUCAUCUUCUCCCUCCCUCCUCUUCCUCCUCCGCCACUCCCCCUUCAGCAGCAGCAGCCGCCGCCGCCGCAGCAGCAGCAACCUUGGGCUCCUAUGGCAACCAGCCUGCGCGUGCCGCUGGCCUGGGCGCGGCUGACAGGAGCAAGCAAGAGCAGCCGCCGAGGACGAGACAUGCGAGCGUCCACCGGGGAACCGCUGGAGCCCAAGGCGGGGGACUCGGGCAGCCGGAUCUACGGCGAGAGCAACGAUGGGGGGCAACCCUGGAAGAAGUUUGUGUAUGUUGAACCACCAAGGAGAGUUAGGGAAGUACUUGAGGAAGAGCUGUAUUUCCAGAGAGAUGAGUGCAGAAUUAGACACCCUUCAGAAGUGGCUCUGGAAAGAAUUUGGAGCUUGAAAAGAAAUUUUCCUGUGGGAGGCUUCAACCCAGCUUCACAGAAUCAAAGCUGCUUCCUUUCUCAACCUUAUUACUCCAGGCAUGCAGUCAUAAGAAGGUAGUCAUUCUGAAAAACUGAAUCUCCUUUGAUGGAAGUCACAGAAGAAAAGCAAAUCUAUCGCUGUCAAUUUUAUUUGAACAUAGACAACUAUAUUUUAGUAUGUAUAAAGUUGCUUAUAAAAUAAAUUUUGAAGCUAUGCACCUGCCAAUCAGUGUAUCUAAGAUGAUCAUCUAUGACUUAGCUCACUAUUCAGUAGUUCACUACUUCGUAAUAAAAGGGUCCUGUCUCUCCAAAUGUG